AUGAGAAUCCGAGCCGACCCAUGCAUUCCCUUCGCUUCGCGGGCCGCGGCGAUCGUUGAAGCGGCUCUCGAAUCACCGCGUCGGGUGACGACAGAUUCGCUUCCCUUGUCCAGCCACGAAAGGAUCUUCAUAGCCAGCAUACACUGGAACAAUGAAGCGAUUCUCAGAUCCCACUGGAACGCCGCUCUCAUCGACCUAGUGCAGCACCUCGGUCCCUCCAACGUCUUCGUCUCCAUUCUUGAGAGCGGGAGCUGGGACGGGAGCAAAGCCGCGCUGAGGGAGCUGGACGCGAAGCUGGAAGCGAUGCAAGUGCCACGGUCCAUCAUCCUCGACCCAACGACACACAAGGACGAGCUAGAGCGCGAGCCGAAGCCAGGCAGUAGUAAACCGGGGUGGAUAUGGACGCCGCGGGGCAGGCAAGAGCUGCGGCGCAUACCGUACCUAGCCAAUUUGCGGAACCGGGUCAUGGAGGCGAUGCACACGACCGACGACGCGAAGCCAUUCACAAAAGUCCUCUGGCUAAACGACGUCGUCUUCACGACCACCGACGUCCUCACCCUCCUCUCCACCAACAACGGCCACUACGCCGCCGCCUGCAGCCUCGACUUCUCCCACCCACCCCGCUUCUACGACACCUUCGCGCUGCGCGACGCCGGCGGCCACAAGCCCCUCACCCCGACGUGGCCGUACUUCCUCUCCGCGGGCUCGCGCGGCGGCGUCGUCGCCGGCCGCGCCGGCGUCCCCGUCAAGUCGUGCUGGAACGGCAUGGUCGUCAUGGACGCGGGGCCGUUUUACUCUACUACUACUACCACCACCAUCACGACUACCACGACUGCCGCCACUGCCGUCACCUCCUCCGAUGGUGAAGGUGGUGAUGAUGGUGAUGGCGCACCGCUGCGGUUCCGAGGCAUCCCCGACGCGCUCGCCAGCCGCCACCUCGAGGGGUCCGAGUGCUGUCUGAUCCACGCGGACAACCCGCUGACGCCGGGGCGCGGGGUGUGGCUGAAUCCGCACGUGCGGGUGGGGUACGGGAGGGAGGCGUACGAGGCGGUGAAUCCGGGCGGGGGAGAGGCGAUGUGGCCGGGGAUGGGGGCGCGGGUGCGGGGGGUGUGGCGGAGCCGGGUUUGGGGGGUUUGGGGGAGGGUGCGGGGUUCGGGGGAGGGGUGGGUGGUGAGGCGGAGGGUGGAGGGGUGGGGAGGGGGAGAGGCGGGAGUGGGAGUGGGAGGGGAGCAUUGUUUGGUCAAUGAGAUGCAGGUGGUGGUUGAGAAUGGGUGGAGGCAUUUGUGA